AUGACCACCACUCCCACCCCCGGACCCAAGGGCUUGCCCAUCAUCGGCAACCUGUUAGAGCUCCAAGACGAAGUACCCAUCCAUGCACUCGAACGACUAGGAAGUGUGUACAAGGAUAUUUUCAAGUUGAAGAUUGCAGAGCACGAUAACUAUUUCUUCUGCAGCCACGAACUGUUCAACGAACUAUGUGACGAGACACGAUUCUUUAAGUUUGCCCCUCCAGCAUUGGUGGCAGGCGGGCCCGAGGGCCGUGCUAAAGGCUUGUUCUCCUCUAACACAGAGAAGGAACAGGACUGGGCUCAAGCCCACAGAAUCCUCAUCCCGGCCUUUGGACCCAUGGCAAUCCUGGACAUGUAUGAUGAGAUGUAUGAUAUUGCCACACAGCUCAUCAUGAAAUGGGCCCGAAAAGGCCCCAAGACCCCAAUAUUGGCAACAGACGACUUCACCAGGCUUACGCUAGACACUAUUGCCCUCUGUGCCGUGGACUAUCGGUUUAAUUCUUUCUAUAGUGAUGUGGCACAUCGGUAUGUAAAAGCCGUGGGACAAAAUCUCACUUCACGUAGUGAGAGAGGCCAGAUAGGCAAUAUAUUCAAGAGGAUGCUUCCAGGAUAUCAAGCCGAGAUUCAGAAGAACUUCGACUACAUGCAUAACAUCGCCGACGACAUAAUACAACAUCGUCGUCAGAACCCCACGGACAAGAAAGAUUUGCUCAAUGCCAUGAUCAAUGGCAAAGAUCCCAAAAUUGGGGAGGGGAUGCGGCAUGAGACAACAUCUGGUCUAUUAUCAUUCGCGUUCAUGAAUAUGCUCUUGAAACCUGAGACGUAUUUUGCUGCGAGGAAAGAGGUUGAUCGCGUGAUUGGUAGAGAGAAUGUCCAAGCCAAGCACCUCAAGGAACUUCAUUACAUCGACGCCGUUUUGCGAGAGACACUGCGUUUGAGCCCAACUGCUCCGGCCUUUGCACGUGGUGUUAGGCCUGAAAAUACGGAGGAGACUGUGACUAUUGGGAAAGCAAGAUACGAAAUCCUUCGCGGCCAGCCGGUACUGUGUCUACUGGGCAAAAUUCAACGAGACCCUGCCGUUUUUGGAGAUGACGCGGAUGAGUUUAAGCCUGAAAGAAUGCUGGAUGGAAAAUUCGAAGGCCUGCCAAAGAAUGCGUGGAAGCCUUUUGGAACCGGCCUCAGGGGUUGUAUUGGACGCGCUUUUGCUUGGCAGGAAGCAUUGAUGGUGACCGCCAUGGUACUCCAGAACUUCGACAUAUCUCUUGAUGAUCCCAAUUACAAGAUCCGAAUCCAACAGAGCUUGACAAUCAAACCCGCGGACUGCUACAUCAGAGCUAGAUUACGCAGCGGCAUCUCUGCCGUGACUCUUCAGAGCCGGCUUUCUGGCUCCCAAAAACAGCAUUCUGAGGAACCAGCAUCAGCGACCUCAAACGGGGAUCAAGAGAAAGGACAGCCUUUGUUGAUCUUAUUUGGCUCUAACACCGGGUCUUGUCAGGCACUGACACAGAAAUUGGCAUCACAGGCUGCAGAGCAGGGCUACAAUGCCACAGUUACUGACAUGGAUAAUGGAGUUCAACAACUCCCUAUUGAUGGCACCCCCACAAUGUCAUCACAGCAUCUUACGAGGGGCGGAGAUAAGUUGAAGGGGAGUCGGUUUUCCGUGUUCGGCUGUGGUCACAAGGACUGGUCAGCCACCUACCAGCGUAUCCCCAAAUUAGUGGAUAAUCUGAUUGAAGCAAAUGGAUGCCUAAGACUAGCAGAUCGGGGGGUCUCGGAUGCGUCCCAAGGAGAUAUUUCCGGUGAUUUUGAGAACUGGACCACUGAGAAGUUAUGGCCAAUGCUCCUAUCUGACCUCCACACUGGUCGUUCUUUGGAGAAGAUGAAACCCAAGAUGCCAAUGGUGGAAUUCGGCAUUUCUCAUGAACAACGAGCCGAAAACCUCCAAGUGAAAGCAGAGUGGGCUGAGGUUACUUAUGUCAAGUCACUGACACAGCCCGGGGAAUCAGAGAAGCGACACAUUGAAUUCAAGCUGCCAGAAAGCUUGAUUUACCAGGCCGGAGACUAUCUUGCGGUUUUGCCUCUGAACCCAGAUGUAACCAUUAAGAGAGUCAUGAGAAGAUUCAACUUGCCUACAGAUGGUGUGGUCAAAAUCACCAAGCAGGGUUCGACGAUGCUCCCCACUGACCAACCAAUCUCCAUAUCCGACCUAUUAGCAGGGUACGUUGAACUUUCGCAGCCCGCAACUAAAAGUGAUCUUGAACUUUUGGUUGAUACUAUCCCUGAAGGGGACGAGAAAUCGAAUAUCAUAUCUCUUGCCGAAGAGCCCAACUUCACAUUUUAUAUCAAGAAGCAGCGUAUAAGCCUCCUGGAUGUACUCGAGUCUAACGCCCUAUCAUCCACUCUUAGUUUUUCCUCUUUCCUCGCUUUAUUGCCCCCUCUUAAGGCUCGGUACUACUCUAUCUCAUCUUCCCCUCUUGUCGACCCCUCCGUUUGCUCGCUCACAUACAGCGUUCUGGAUGCACCUGCCUGGGCCGACGGAAAAAAACACUUCAUCGGCGUGGCAGGGAGCUACCUCAAGUCUCUGACCCCUGGCGACAAGGCGCUAGUUUCCAUCCGCGCAUCCAGUCCCAAGUUCAAGAUGCCCAAGGCCCCAGAGGCAACCCCUAUCAUCAUGCUCUGCGCCGGAACAGGUCUCGCCCCUUUUCGAGCUUUCAUACAGGAGCGGGCUAUCCUCAUUCGCGAAGGGAGACGGACGCUCGCGCCUGCUCUUCUGCUUGUUGGAUGUCGCACUGCCGAAAGUGAUCGACUCUAUGCUGAGGAGAUGGACGAGUGGAGUAGAUUGGGGGUUGCAGAUGUGCGAUAUGCUUUUAGCCGCGAGCCCAAUCACCAACUGGCUGAUGGGUGUUCACGGUUGCAGGACCGCCUGGUGCAGUCUGGCGAGGACGUCGUGCGGCUGUUUCAAGCUGGAGCCAAGGUGUACACUUGCGGAAGUAGUGCGCUUCUCCAAGGGAUGAAGGAAGCAGCAACAGCUGUUAUUGUACAGGCAAGACAGAAGAAGGGUCUCAGUGCGAGUGAGGAGGAUGUGAAGAACUGGUUCCGACAACAUCAUAAUGAUAGACUGGUAAGCGAUGUAUUUUCUUGA